UCCACUUAUUGGACUACUAUAGCUCACGUGAUGCUUUGUGAUCGUGUGAUGGGCGGGCUGCCCCAAGUUCUCGGGGGAGGAGCCGUUACACGUGAGUAUUUACACUUGGAGGAGAGACAGACUGGACUGACCUGUUAGUAAUUUAUACAUAGAAUAGAUAUAUUCGCAGAGGGAGAGACUAGAGAGGAAGACAAGCAAGCGUGUUAGCACUCGGCGGUGAUGGAUUUUGGGUGGUCGAAGCUUGUUCCGCUGCUAGUGCUGCUCGCAUCUUUGCUAUUCUUACACAUCAAAAGCCCUCCCAAGCUGCAUCACAGUGAGUGCAGUCUUCUUCCUUAUCACCAUUAUUGGAUUACCAGCAAGCGCAUUAUUACACCACAAGGGGUCAUUUCUGGUGCAGUUGAGGUAAGGGAAGGAAACAUCGCAUCGGUGGUUAAAGAAGAGGAUUGGCUUGGGAAUGUAAGAAGGGGACAAGUGGUUGAUUUUGGUGAGGCUGUCAUCAUGCCAGGAUUGAUUGAUGUGCAUGCACAUCUUGAUGACCCUGGAAGAGCUGAAUGGGAAGGAUUUCCUUCUGGGACUAAAGCAGCUGCUGCUGGCGGUAUAACAACAUUGAUUGACAUGCCUCUCAAUUGUUUUCCGUCAACAGUGUCUAAAGAAGCUUUGAAACUCAAGAUUGCGGCUGCUGAGGAUAAAAUCCAUGUUGAUGUUGGUUUCUGGGGAGGUCUAGUUCCUGAGAAUGCAUUCAAUGCAAGUGCUUUGGAGGAUCUUCUAGAUGCUGGUGUUCUUGGUUUAAAGUCCUUUAUGUGUCCUUCGGGGAUCAAUGACUUUCCUAUGACAAAUGCCAGUCACAUUAAGGAGGGAUUGGCUGCACUGGCAAGAUACAAAAGACCUUUAUUGGUACAUGCGGAAAUACAACUGGAGUCUGAAAAUUACCUUGAAUUGAGAUAUGGCAGUGAUGAAGCCCGAUUGUAUUCAUCAUAUCUUACGACUAGACCUCCAUCAUGGGAGGAGGCAGCUAUUAGAGAGCUCUUAACUGUAACAUCAGACACGAGGCCUGGUGGUCCUGCAGAAGGAGCACAUCUUCACAUUGUCCAUUUGGCUGAUGCCAGUUCUUCCUUGGACCUUAUUAAGGGAGCAAAAAUUCAUGGUGAUAGCAUAACUGUUGAAACAUGUCCCCAUUACUUAGCUUUCUCAGCGGAAGAGAUUCAAGAUGGAGAUACUCGUUUUAAGUGUGCUCCACCUAUCCGUGACAUUGCCAACAGAGAGAAACUAUGGGAGGCUUUGUUGGAAGGCCACAUUGACUUGUUAAGCUCUGAUCAUUCACCUACAGUGCCAGAACUUAAACUUUUUGAUGACGGUGACUUUUUAAGAGCUUGGGGUGGCAUAUCAUCUUUGCAGUUUGUUCUUCCUGUGACAUGGUCAUAUGGACGGAAAUAUGGAGUGACUUUGGAACAUUUAGUCUCGUGGUGGAGCGAGAGACCUGCGAAGCUCGCGGGACAAGAAUUAAAGGGUGCUAUUGCAAUUGGAAAGCAUGCUGAUGUUGUUGUAUGGGAUCCAGAUGUGGAGUUUGACCUUGCUGCUGACCAUCUAGUAUACCAUAAGCAUCCUAGUAUCUCAGCCUACAUUGGAAAAAGACUAUCUGGAAAAGUUUUGGCAACUUUCGUGAGGGGUAACCUUGUUUACGAAGAAGGGAAGCAUGCCCCGGCCGCAUGUGGUGUUCCAAUCCUUGCAAGAUGAAGGGCUGCAUCAACAAGUAAUUCUCAUUAUCCCACGAAUCUCCGAAGUUUUACUUGAAUAUAUAUUCAUUUUUAAAAUUAAAAUGGACUCUAUCUGGUUUUGUGAUGACUUCUCCUAACCAUUUCUUGUCCAACUGUGCUCAUGGGUUUGUGAAAAACACAAGUUGCCAUCCCAGUUGCUCUUUCACUGGCUGUUUUGCAUAUUUGAUGCUACAAACAAGAUAAAGGAGCGCCUUCAAACGCAGCUAGAGAACUGGAGCAAUCCAGAUAGAUAUAAGAAUAAUGGGAUUUCAUUGUGUCCUGCUGAAACCAGAUCCCAAUUCUCUGGCCGAAAAAAGAAAGAACAACAAAGUGAAACAGAGGGGAAGUUUAUAGUGGGGAAAAGUUGAUAGCUCAUUCUACUUUUACAGUUUUCCCCCCAUUAUAUUUAGUCUUUGCUUGUUUUGUUUUUAAAUUCUUAGAUAAUAAAAGUAUGCAACGAUAUAUAUGUGUGUGUAUGUUUUAAGAAUUCAAAAAAUUAAACAAAAAAAUUAACUGUAAA